AUAAUCUCUGACCUGCAGCCUAGGGAACAAGAAAAGGCUUUUGUAGCCUCAAAGCUUAAAGUCUCAUCAAUUACAUCAGAGAAUGAGCAACUGUUAGUCACAGCCACAUCCUUCGAUGACUCGAGAACCGGUACUGAUACAAUCACAAAAUUGAGUUCAGAAUUGCCAAGCAUCGCAGACAGCGGUCUCAAAAAUCUACAGAGUUUACAAGCACCAGAGCUGUUCCGGCAACAACCUUCUUACGUUUUUCUUAUUUACCUAUGGAACUUCGAAUCAGAAUUUGGCGCCACUCCUUUCCACGAUAGCAUCUCACUUUCAUAA